AUGUCUUUACCAAAAAGAAUAAUCAAGGAGACUGAACGUUUAAUACAGGAACCAGCUCCUGGCAUAAGUGCAAUACCACAUGAAGAAAACCUUCGAUACUUUGAUGUUAUUAUAGCUGGCCCAACUCAGUCACCAUUUGAAGGUGGAGUUUUUAAAUUGGAACUAUUUCUUCCUGAGGAAUAUCCAAUGGCACCACCUAAAGUACGUUUUAUAACUAAAAUAUAUCAUCCAAAUAUUGAUAAACUUGGAAGAAUUUGUUUAGAUAUUUUAAAAGACAAGUGGUCACCAGCUUUACAAAUUCGUACUGUACUUCUUUCUGUACAAGCACUUUUAUCUGCUCCAAAUCCUGAUGAUCCACUUGCUAAUGAUGUUGCACAACAUUGGAAAGAAGAUGAAAAGGCUGCAAUUGCAACAGCUCGAGAUUGGACUAGGAGUUAUGCUCAAGAACCAGCACCUGGUAUAAGUGCAAUACCACAUGAAGAAAACCUUCGAUACUUUGAUGUUAUUAUAGCUGGCCCAACUCAGUCACCAUUUGAAGGUGGAGUUUUUAAAUUGGAACUAUUUCUUCCUGAGGAAUAUCCAAUGGCACCACCUAAAGUACGUUUUAUAACUAAAAUAUAUCAUCCAAAUAUUGAUAAACUCGGAAGAAUUUGUUUAGAUAUUUUAAAAGACAAGUGGUCACCAGCUUUACAAAUUCGUACUGUACUUCUUUCUGUACAAGCACUUUUAUCUGCUCCAAAUCCUGAUGAUCCACUUGCUAAUGAUGUUGCACAACAUUGGAAAGAAGAUGAAAAGGCUGCAAUUGCAACAGCUCGAGAUUGGACUAGGAGUUAUGCUCAAGCUGCUCGUGAUAAACAUCAAGAAUGUAUUAAUAUGGUGGAAAAUCAUGCAGUUGCUUAUGAAAUUAAUGAAUUGAUAAAGAAAAUGAAUUUAUUUUAUGAUAAGGAAAAAUUGACACAAUAA